AAUGAAUGGUAUUCUUAUAUUUUGACAACGAACGCACGUAAACAUUAGUAUACUUUAAUAACUAUUUUUCGAACGAUUUGUCGUUUUAUUCUCUAAAUCAUUUUGAAUUUCUACUAUUUAGAAUAUAAUAAUGAAUACUAAUUAUGAAAGCGGUGUACUACAAAAUAAACAUCCUAGAUUUAAAAUACUACAAUUACAAAAUUACGUUAUUGAUUACGAUACCGGAGGAUUUGUAAAGUUUAAGCUCUAUGAAAAUUCAAAAUCACGACCGCUACCAGAAGAGAAACAACGUAGCAGUUUUGACGGCUAUAUGGACUAUUUACUUUACUGCUUCAGUUUGACUGGAAGUCUAGCCAACUUAACAAGAUUCCCAUACUUAGCAUAUUCAUACAAUGGAUGCUCAUUUUUGAUCAAAUUCUUGAUACUGGUCUUGCUGAUCGGUGUUCCGUGGUGUUUCAUGGAAAUCGCCGUUGGUCAGUAUUCGGGCAGAGGUCCGACGGUGAUUGGCGACAUGGUGCCCAUCGGAAAAGGCGUAGCGGUGGCCAUGGGUUACAUCUGUUUUUUAAACGUUAUCUGUUAUAGCCCCAUACAAUCUAGAUGUCUCUAUUACAUGUUUUGGUCGUUGCUGAGAUUCGAUUAUCUGCCAUGGGAGCAGUGUUCGUCCAUGAACGACUCAUUGUGCAUAACCAAUGACAGGUACCUGGAAAAAUGCGGGCACAAGUCGGUUGGUCUCGAUUUGCAAGUGCCCGCCGAGAAUUUCUAUCAGUAUAAAAUUGUAGAGAUGGACGGAGGCUUUCUCUACGGUGGAGUCGGUAAAUUCAACGAACCAUUAUUGACUUGUCUUGCAAUUUCAUGGGCCAUCAACUACCUAUUACUUACUGCAUCCAAUAAAUCGAUGCAAUACGUGAAGAUUUUCGGUUCGAUCGCGCCGUUUGCUUUGCUAGCGUUCGUGUCGUCCGCCAUAAUGACCGACAACGAUGCAUGGGGUGGUUUUAAUCUACUGUUUGACACGAGUACAAUCGACUUUCUAGACCUUCAGGCGUUUAUAUUUCAGUCGUGGCGGAGGGCCGCGGAACAAGUGCUGUACUCUUUGGAUGUCGGCACAGGCCACUUGAUCAUUUACGGAGCGAACCGCAGUUUUCACAACAACAUAUUAGGUGGAGUGCUUUUGGUAACUUUGCUGGACACUAUUUGUGCCGUGACCGCUACUAUAGUCGUAUUCGGUACGGCAAAUAUCGUAGCUUGUAAAUAUCACAUCCAGUUCAGUAUGGUGUUUAAAUCCGGUCCUGGUAUGUUUUUUGUCUGUAUCUCACGUGUCCUCGCCGAUCUACCCUUACCGAGAUUGAUGAGUUUCAUAUCGUUUUUUACUUUGUUUGUCAUCUGCAUACUUACACAGCUAUCCUUCUUGAAUCCUGUGAUUUAUUUAUGGAACGUUUAUUUCCCAAACCACAGCCAUGAACAACCUCACAGACGCGCUUGUAUAUUGUGUGGCGCGAUGUUCAUACUAUCGUUAGUAACAGUGACUAAUGGAGGUGAAAUGAUUAUAUCAAUAUUGGAUGAUAUAGGAUCUGCCAUGGGAAUACUCAUGAUCACAACUUUUGAAGUUAUAUUGAUAUUUGGCAUUUAUGGUGUAAGCGAAUUUUGCGUCGAUCUGGCGUUCAUGUCGAAUAAGCCACCUUCUAUCCUACUGAAGUUACUGUUCAUCGGUGGUCCGGUGUUUACGAUCAACAUUAUGCUUGCAUGUAGUUUCUCUUGGAUUUCGCCGAGUUUUCAGAAUGUAAGUUAUCCACUAACGAUGUACAUAAUAGCAUGGAUAGCAGCAAUGUUAACGUUAAUGAUAAUGAUGUUCACGGCUAUUUACACAAUUGUCAAAUUCGCAAGAAAAAAAAAUUUUUUUGGAUCAUUCGAACCUACUGAUCGAUGGGUACCUGACCUAAAUGAUUUAUUGAUUAAUAAUGAACUGAACUCAAUGCAAUUUGAAGAAGAAAAAAUGAUUUAUGACGAUUCUAACCAGUUAAUAUUUGGGAUUGGAAAACCUAAAAUAUGCACAAAAAUAGACAAAGCAACACAAACAAAUGAAACAAAUAAUCAACAGUUAGAACAUAUUGGAAUAUCAAAUCAUUUAUUACAACAAUUUUAUUUGGAAAUAUUGAAGACCACUAAUACACCGUUUGAGAUUGAAAGGAGACAUAAUGAAACCCAAGUACUUGCUUGGAACAACACGAGAUGCACGGAACAUUUAGUUGAAAUAGGACUAAUGGAAAAAUAUACUCAAACUGACUAGGUAUUGUAAAUUUUACAGCCUCAUCUAGUGGUAAAUAAGAUGUUACCAUCUCUACGUCGUUUCCGUAUAGAAAAUAUUCAUAUCGAAAGACUCCACGACGGU